AUGCGGUGCCUCCAAGAAGAAGUCCCCAAACUCGCGAGAGUAGCAUGGGUCACUCAAGAAAUACCGAAAGGAACGUUUGGGGAACCAGAUUCUGGGAUAGUAUCUGUUGCCGCAGGUGGCAUGCAUACAUUGUUUGUGGACGAAAUGGGUCGGGUUUGGCCGUGCGGAAGCAACGAUGACGCAGCUUUGGGGUACAAAACUCCAUCUGGCUUUGACCAAGAUGUAGUUGAUACACCACAACUUGUUGAAUCGUUGAGGCGAACAUCAAUGCGAGCCCGUCACCCUACACCCACCUUCGUUGCGCAAUAA